UUACAAUGGUGGACACGGAAAUGCCGUUUUGGCCCAUUAAUUUUGGAAUUAACCCAGUGGAUCUGUCUGCGAUGGAUGAUCAUACACAUUCCUUUGACAUAAAGCCAUUUACCACUGUUGAUUUUUCAAGCAUUUCUUCACCGCACUAUGAAGAUAUUCCUCUUGCAAGAACUGAUCAGACAAGCAUUGAUUAUAAAUAUGACAUCAAGCUCCAGGAUUGCCAGAGUGCUAUCAAAAUGGAGCCUCCUUCCCCACCCUAUUUUUCAGAAAAAGUUCAGUUGUACAACAAACCUCAUGAGGAGUCUGCCAACUCCCUGAUGGCUAUUGAAUGCCGCGUGUGUGGGGACAAGGCCUCUGGAUUUCAUUACGGUGUGCAUGCGUGCGAGGGCUGUAAGGGCUUUUUUCGAAGAACAAUCAGAUUAAAGCUAAUUUAUGACAGAUGUGAUCUUAAUUGCCGCAUCCAUAAGAAAAGCAGAAAUAAAUGUCAGUACUGCAGAUUUCAGAAAUGCCUCGCCGUCGGAAUGUCACAUAAUGCCAUCAGGUUUGGGCGAAUGCCACAAGCGGAGAAGGAGAAGCUCUUGGCAGAGAUUUCCAGCGACAUCGACCAGUUAAACCCUGAAUCUGCUGAUCUACGAGCACUUGCCAAGCAUUUGUAUGACUCAUACAUAAAGUCCUUCCCUCUGACCAAAGCCAAGGCGAGGGCGAUCUUGACAGGAAAGACGACAGACAAAUCACCAUUUGUUAUUUACGACAUGAACUCUCUAAUGAUGGGGGAAGAUCAGAUCAAGUGCAAGCACGUGUCCCCGCUGCAGGAGGAGAACAAAGAGGUAGCGAUUCGCAUUUUCCAGCGAUGCCAGUUUCGCUCAGUGGAGGCAGUGCAGGAGAUCACGGAAUUUGCCAAGAACAUUCCAGGGUUUGUGAAUCUUGACCUGAACGACCAAGUAACUCUCCUGAAAUAUGGGGUCCAUGAGAUCAUAUAUACUCUCCUGGCUUCUCUGAUGAAUAAAGAUGGAGUUCUUAUAUCUGAGGGACAAGGAUUCAUGACACGGGAGUUUCUGAAGAGCCUGAGAAAACCUUUUUGUGACUUUAUGGAACCCAAGUUUGAGUUUGCUGUGAAGUUCAAUGCACUGGAAUUAGAUGACAGUGACCUGGCAAUAUUUAUAGCUGUCAUUAUACUAAGUGGAGACCGCCCAGGUUUGUUAAACGUGAAGCCCAUUGAAGAUAUACAAGACAAUCUGCUGCAAGCUUUGGAGCUCCAGCUGAAGCUGAACCAUCCAGAAUCAUCACAGCUGUUUGCAAAGUUGCUUCAGAAAAUGACGGACCUCAGACAGAUUGUAACGGAACAUGUGCAGCUGUUGCAAAUAAUAAAGAAAACGGAGACAGACAUGAGUCUUCAUCCACUCCUACAAGAGAUCUAUAAAGACUUAUAUUAACGACCAUAGUAGUUCUAAUCAGCUGACAUAAUGUAUGUUCUUCAGAUUGCACUAUUUCUUUGAGGGAAAACUUUGCAUACCUAAGAAAUUACUGUGAAACAGCAUUUAAAAAGAGAGAGCUUAGUAUAGCAGAUCUAUUUUAUGCAUAUUGUUUAUAAAGACACCUUUACAAUUUACUUUUAAUAUUAAAAAUAUCUAUAUCAU